CCCGCCCCCCGGUGCGGACUACAGUCGCCUCCAGACGCCCGCGCCGUUAUUUCGCUCCGGACCGGCGUCUGAGGCCUAUAUCCUCGUCUUCCCGCAGUCUAGGCCGAGGCCUGGCGUCGUGUCUGUUUUAGCCUGUGGACGAUCUAUCACCCACCGAAGGAUAUGGACCGCCAGCGGUGUCCGCUUCAUUGAGUUCCCGAUCGUCGGCGCGACCAUGAACCCGGCGGCGAUGCUGAGCCGCGGCCUGGUGGAGCAGAACCCCGUCACCCUGGCGCUGCGGAACGACCUGGGCUGCAACAUCAACCACCUCAAGACCCUCAACCUACGCUUCCGCUGUUUCCUGGCCAAGGUCCAUGAGCUGGAGCGGCGUAACAAGCUACUGGAGAAACAGCUGCAGGACGCGCAGGAACCGCGGCGGAGCCGGCUCUGCCGCGCCCGGUCCGUCGCCACACAGACUCCACUCGACUAUGGUGCCGGCUUCACGCUGGGCUCGUGUUACAGCUACUCGGGCUACGGUUAUGCCCCCGGCUCGGGCAGCGGAUACUCCCCGGGCACUGACACCUGCUACACCCCGGGCAGCAGUUAUACCCCCGGUCUGGGCACCGGCUAUACGUCUGGCCUGGGUACCGGCUAUACGUCUGGCCUGGGUACCGGCUCCGGCUACACCCCGGGUACCGGCUCCGGCUACACCCCGGGUACCGGCUCCGGUUACACCCCGGGUACCGGCUCCGGCUACACCCCGGUCACCAGUACCAGCUAUACCGGUUCAAAUUGCACCCUUAAUUCCAAUUACACCCCCGGGACUGGUACGGGAUUUUCUCCAAGUGGGGUCUCUCUGCCUCAUUACUCGAGCCGCCUCCCCGGUACCAUUUGGAGCUUCACCCACGUUAGGAAGGUGGGAGGCGGCCUAGAGACUGUGCAAGGUCCUGGGGUAUCCUGGACCCACCCGGACGGAGUGGGCGUUCAGAUCGACACCAUCACCCCCGAACUGCGGGCCCUGUACAACGUGCUAGCCAAAGUGAAGAGAGAGCGAGACGAGUACAAGAAAAAAUGGGAAGAAGAACUCAACCUCAGGCAGCAUCUGCAGGAUAUUGUAGCUGCUCUACAGGUGGAUUCACAAGAAGCUGAAGCCAUUCAAAAGGUACUCAAUGAGAAAGUGGAAAAGUUGAAAUCUGAGCUGGUAGUGUUUAAGAGCCUGAUGAGUGAUGUAAGUAGUUUGAAGCAAAUGUCUGACCUGGAUACCAAGAUUCAAGAGAAAGCCAUGAAAGUGGAUAUGGAUAUCUGUCGUAGGAUUGACAUCACUGCCAAACUCUGUGACGUGGCACAACAACGAAAUUCUGAGGACAUGAGCAAAAUGUUCCAGGUGCCAACUGUCAUCAAAAAGAAAGAGAAAGAUAAGGAGAAAGAGAAGAAGCCCGCAUGUGAUGAUGAGAGCUCUGAAACUGAUGGAGAUACAACGCGGCAUUCGGAUGAUGAUGUGAGCACAUCUAUUAAUAUAACAGAUGAAAUGAAGCGGAUGCUCAAUCAGCUGCGAGAGACUUUUGACUUUGAAGAUGAUUGUGACAGUUUAAGCUGGGAGGAAAACGAAGAGACUCUACUACUCUGGGAAGAUUUCUCUGAGUACACAAACAUUGUGGAGCCUCCUGCAGAGGAUGAAACUUUGGAAACGGUGAUCAAAGAAACAGAAUCACUUUUCAUGACCAGAGAAAAGGAGUAUCAAGAGACUAUUGGCCAAAUAGAGCUGGAGCUGACCAGUGCCAAAAGUGACAUGAACCGUCACCUCCACGAAUACAUGGAAAUGUGCAGCAUGAAGCGUGGCCUAGAUGUCCAGAUGGAAACCUGUCGUCGGCUCAUUAAACAGUCAGGAGGCAGAAAUUCCCCAUCAGUCAGUUCUGCCGCAAGUAGUGACUCAGGAAACACAGAUGAUAUUACAGAUGAACUUGAGCGCGAUGGAGAAGGAGAUAGUUCUGUCAGCUGAUGAAUGAUACAAGUGAAGUGGACACAAUCUGCCUGUACCCACAACAAUCACCUUUUAACCCUAUUUUUGGUAGGGUGCAAAGGGCUUUGUUCAUAUACAUAUAGUCAAGCCCUAAGCAUUGGUGCUGUACAUUUGUAUAGUUGUACAGAAUAUCAUCGAACAGAAUUGGAAAAGCAAUGACAACUUCCCACCUGCUGCAGAAACCCACCAUGAUAACUACUAUGCAAGUGGCUUGCCUUACACGUCGACAGCCUUCAUCUUGAUGAGGGAGCUAAACUCCACAGCAUUUCUGAAAAAAUGCUGAACUAACUUUGAAAUGCAUGUGGUAGCUGAUAAAUAUUAAUGUCUGGGUUAAAGAAGUGGAUUAUUCGUAUAGUUUGUUUAUGCUAGUUGAUAGAGAGGAUCAGCAAGGACCAUUCUGGGUUUCUGCAUAUCCUUAAUGUAAAGUAUUUCAAUCAGAUUAAACUGUAAUUAAUUAUGUAAUUACCAAAAACAGUGUGAACUAUUUGAUGUGGUCUAUUCAUCUGCACUGGAAGUUAGUAACGCCAUAAAGCUCUACUGUCUUUAUUCUCUGAAAACCAAUGUUGCUAAGGAACUGGAUUAUUGUGUCCUGCACAGAAUUGUUAUUUCUUCAGGCUGUAUUUAAUGUCCUAACAUUGCCAUGGCUUUGAGAAUGUACAAUGUUGUAUUUGGAGGAUAAAUUAUAAACUCUUUGUAGGUUGCUCUUCAUAUCUGAAGAACCGGAUUAAAGUUAUAGAUGGAAAACUGUAUAUUAUCUAAUUGUUAGCCCUUACUCCCACAAAAAAUAAGGACAGCAAUCAGUAGCACCUUCAAUAUACCUCUUAUUAUUCAUUUAGCUUCACUACCACAAUCUGAGAUUCUAAAAAGGAGCUUGAUGGAGUUUACAUUAAAACUGUACAGAAUGGGAACUGAUUGCAGUGAGAGAUUCAGGACCAUGAAUAAUGUAUGGUUCAUGCUUCUGUUCUGUAAACUUAGCAUUUUACUUCAAUUCAGUUUUGAGCAAAACAAGGAUACCUCAAGGUCCUAUUAUUUAUGGAUAAGAAUAGUUCUUGAAGAAGUUUGAACGCGUUAUCCACUAACCAGCAGUGGAUGCAUGUGGUCUAUUGUCUCAGUGAUAGGAUCUCAGAUGUGAAUGAUCCAGAACCAGGUGAUACUACAACCUUUUGUCUUACAAGCAACGGAUCUUCCUGACACAGCUUAACAUGGAAGGCUAGUGCUUCACUGCAGUCUUUCCCCUUCAUUAAUUUAUUGUAUAUUAUUUGUUUAAAUGAGCAUUUGGUUGCUUAAAUGUAUCCAAGUACUUGACAUGUACUUUUAUUAAAACAAAGGAGCUGGCAUAUUACCAGAGUUGGAAACUGAUCAUACACUGACAAAACAGUGCUACUCCUAAAAGUACAAAAUGGAAGAGCAACCUUCCCCACCAAUGCUUUCCAUUUGAAGCUUGCAUGUCUUAGUCUUUGGGAAAUCGGGUUAGCAGGUAGCCUGCUAAUUUAAAGCUAGUGUUCGAUAAUUUAUUCCAGAAACUUGGAUAACUGGUUGGGUCUGGGGUGUAAUGUCCCAUCUGUCUUAUUUGAAUUAUUUAGACUUUUAUCAACAUUCAGUCAUAGGAAGAAAAUUACUGUUAUUGCAUGAGGUUCUGGGAAUUCACUCUAUUUUUGUACAUUAAACGCUUCCUGUAUAAGAUGUAUAAUGAUUAACAUAAUUAAAAGAGGGAGUUGUCUAACAGGAAAGCAAUUCUUAGUCAGUUAUUAUUUGAUGUGAUCCCAUCUUUCAAAUAGCUGUUGAGCUCCAUUCUUUCUCCAAAACAAUAUACAUUAAUGCAAGCAAAUCUUUUUCCAAAAACAAAAUACAUUAGUACAGUAAAUUAAGUGUUCCCUCACGCGCAGAGUUUGAUUUUAAAUGUCAAAGCGGCACAGUAGCGCAGCUGGGAGAGAUAAUUGUUCACAGUGCCAGAGUUCGAUCCUGACCUUGGGUGCUGUCUGUGGAUUUUCCUCUGGGUGCUCCCUCAUCCAAAAUACGUCCAUUUUGUGGGUUAAUUGGCCUCUAUAAAAUUGCCCUUUGUGUGUCGGAUGUGGAAGAGAAGGUGGGAUAACAUAGAACUAGUGUGAACAGGUGAUCGAUGGUUGGCAUGGACUCAACGAGCCAAAGGACCUGUUUCCAUGUAGUAUUUUUCAAUCAAUCAGUCAUUAUUGACAGUGUCAUGUUAUAAUAGUAGUUGAAAGAUGGGAGUGGGGCUCUAAUUCAAUAGGUAAUGCUCAGCUCCCUUAACAUGUGGCACAUUGUGGCAUAUUAAAGGGAGAUUUGCUCUGGGACAGGAGAAACAGCUUUAUGCUGCAUCAUAAAUAGCCAUCACAAAAAAAAUGAUGCAGUUUAACCGAGAAUAACCUUUUUAUAAGUAUUAACAUUUGCUAUUUGAAUUGAAAGCAUAAUUUAAAGAGCCAAAAGAAAGAUGGUAAUGCAUUCAAUUUUAACGCCUUUAAAUAUUGGUAAGUAAAUUAAAGUGUGUCUGGACUUUAUUUCUCGUGAAUUUAUGUUAUAUUGAAGUAUUUAUUUCACUUGGCAACUCAGGCAAGCAAAGUACUUCCAUAUAUUAAAACAAUAAUUGCUUAUGAGAUUGAUUUUCAAAAUGCUGUCUUUUAUUGUCCAUCCGCAAUUGAACUUGAGUGGAGGAGGCAGUUAAAAAAUUACCGCCAUUGAUGGGUAUGGAAUCAUGAGAUUAAAAAUAGCAGGUUUCCUUCUCUGAAGGGCAUUAAUAAACCAUACAAGUUUUUAUGACAAUGUGGUAGCUAAAUAAUUACCACAACAAUUACUGGUGCUUUGUUUCAGAUUUGUUCAAUUGAAAUAUAAUUCCCCAAUUGGUGGAUUUUAAACCUGCUUCUCUGGAUCAAUGUACCAGUUUUCAGUAUACAAGGCAAAUAAUGUAACCGGUUGUGCUAUCAUGCCCUAUUUAAUCUCUGUUUACAUUUUUUCAUCCAAGCAGUCUUACCUAAGGAUUAAAAUAUUAAAAUAUGAUAGUUUAAUUAUU